GCAAUGAAAACAAAACAGCACUUUAUGAUUACAACAAAAAAAUUUUAAUAUAAUGAAAUAAGGAUAAUAUAAAUUAAGACAUUUGAAACGUGUUUAUUAAAAAAUUUUACAUAUAUAUAUAUUUGCUAGAUACAUAUUGACAAUCAAACAUGGCCUUCUAUAACGAUAAUGUUGGUAAAAGAAUAUUGGAACUGUUGAGCUUUCCUAUAAUGGAACGAUGUUCAGAGCUAAAUAUGUUGUUUGACAUUUGUAAUUUACGCGAACUCCAAGAACUAUUUCCCACCAUUGUAAAUUCGGUUUUUGGCAUUGGGACAGGAGGCUUGGGCUGGGGCCUAAGGGCAACCACCAAGGAGAACUCACCACAAUGCUUUGAGAUGCUGUACAAUUUCUUUGCACCUAUGGGACCCAUGUUUCGCUUGUGUUAUCGCUUGCUAAACGAUGCCAUCAAAUUUGAAUUAUCUUUAGAGCAUUUGCCGCACAAAUUAGUUGAAUUGAUACAUUCGGGCCAAUAUUCGAUCUUCUAUGCUGAUCUAGUUAAUAUCGAUCCAUUUCGGAGGCAGGUUACAUCGCUGAGCUUAAAUGCCUUUGACUAUUAUAUAUUGAACUUUGUUAUACAUGCUACAUUACCACUGCACAAAAUGUACCCAGCUGCUUUGCAAGUACACAACGAACGACUGAAGACAGUGUAUUUCUUCCUAACAGCCGAAUAUUUAUGUAAUUUUCUGCCCAGCCGACCAGAUGCCAUGGUUAUGCCCAGCAAUAUCUGUCCCAGCGUUAAGGCACCACAGCCCAUGCCGGUGCAACAACUUCAACCAAAGAGGUCACCUAAAUAUCUUAAAAUACCGCAACCAAAUCCGGGCCUGUAUGGCUCUGGAGCCAAUAACAUGUCACAAAUCAAUCAACGAAAUACAGAGGCUUCGCCGCGAGCCCAUGCUUGGCGAACGGAGUCUGUAUUGCAUUUUUUCAUAGACACGUGGUUGCGGUACGAUGUGGAUGAGGCAAGGGAUCUUCCUAGCAGUGAAUUUAUUCGUGUGGUUAGAAUUUUAAUUAAACAAACGCAUUCAUUUGCCAAUUCUGCGAAUUUGGAUCAAACCGUCAUGGCUACUUUGCGUAAAAUUGCCCAACCAAUGAUGAAACCCCGUAUAUAUCCCUUUAUUAAGAGUAUCAUUGGUAGAUGGCCUUUGGAUAGUUCAAUGUCAGUGGUAUUGGAACUAUGGCUAAGCUAUAUUCAACCAUGGCGCUAUACAUUUGAAUGGCAAAAUAAUAGUGGUGCACACAUAGAAGUGCCCAUUAACAGUCGUUUCGAUGCGUUUAUUUCGGACAAUAUAGUUAUAUAUACCCAAAUAUUUGUGCAUAUUUUGCCCAGAUUUGAGAGAUUGGACUAUACGUCACUACGCAAUGUUGUAAUGUUGCAUCGUUUGGUAAAAGUGUUUAGUCAAUCCACCUUGCCCAUGAAACUAUGCCAUGCUGAAAAGUCGUAUGCUGGCAAUACCAUCAGUUUUGUGGACUCUCCACGCAAACACAGCACAUUUCUGAGUUCAACAUCAUCGUCUGUAGAAUGGGAUGGUAGUUUCUAUCAUGAAGAUCUCUAUACCCCCAUGUUUGGUACUGCCAUUAAAUCAGAAAUUGAACAAUUUAUCAAGACUGUCUACAUCUCUCGCAUGUAUGUGGCUCAGGAAAUCAAUGCUAUACGUCGUGAACAAAAAGAACGUCGCAAUUCAUUGGGUUUCUUUAGGAAAUUAUUUACUCACCUCUUUGUGGAUAUGAGCCCGACUGAGUUGAAAUUGCAAGAGAUUAAUAAAAUACCCGAUAUACUUGACUUGGCUGUUCGCUCCCUGUGUAAUAUGUUCUAUGUUGAUCUUCCCAAUAUAUCAAUUGACCAAUUGGAGCCAGUGGUGGGACAAAGCUUUCAAAAAAGUUUAAACUUUUCCAUAUAUGACAGCAGUGAUUAUCUGGAUAUUUCCCGAGUUUCACCCAUGCAAAUGAUGAACAAUCUGGCACAUAUGAGAAACACUAUAGACCCUGCAAAAAUACCCAUACAAUCCCACGAAUGUACUGUAUUGGUUAGAAUGUUGCAUCAAAUUUCCUGCAUUUUAAAUGAAAAGUUUGGCGAACAUUUCAACAAUUACUGGAGCCGGCGCAAUAUUGUGGGUAAAAUUUGGCAUCAACUUUUGUAUCCCCCAAUGACGGCACAAUGGUUUGACAAACCCAGAGUUCGCUUACAUGUUUCAGGUGUCAGUGAAUUAUGUGAGGAGGAGUUACCGGCACGCUUAUGUUUACGAUUUUUGGCCUCCUAUCGUACCUUGGCUCUGAUAAUACUGACCAUGCUUAUCGGUUAUAUCUUUUGGGGUUCGUCCAUUACGGGCAUUAUAGCAUUAUUUUUUAUAUCUGUAGCAUAUGUGUUGAUAAUGGCUAUCAUAUCAUAGUACCCAGCUUAGAUGAUGUUCAAUAAAAUGUGUUUUUUUUUGUAAGAUA